AUGGCUGCAAAAAAUCAUAUCUAUCAUAUUUCACUGGCAUUCCUUUUCUGCAUGGUAUUCUGGGUUUUCCAAGUCACAUGUCGCUCUCUUCCAGAUGCCUCCAUGUAUGAGAGGCAUGAACAAUGGAUGAUUCGUUAUGGCAGAGUGUAUAAGGACCCUCAGGAAAGGGAAAAGCGUUUCAGGAUAUUCAAGGAAAAUGUGAAUUUCAUUGAAGCCUUCAACGCUGCUGCCAAUAAACCUUACGAGCUAGGCAUUAAUAAAUUUGCAGACCUCACCAACGAGGAGUUCAUAGCAUCCAGAAAUAGGUUCAAGGGGCAUAUGUGUUCCUCAAUCAUAAGGACAACCACUUUCAAGUAUGAAAAUGUGACUGCAAUCCCAUCCACAGUGGAUUGGAGGCAAAAGGGUGCAGUGACACCCGUGAAGGACCAAGGUCAAUGUGGUAAGCAAAUGCUUCAUUCUUCACUGACAUUUCCAUGUCAUAUUAAACCGAAUUAUUAUCUAAUAUUAAUUUAUCUUGUAGGAUGUUGUUGGGCAUUUUCCGCGGUUGCAGCAACUGAAGGAAUUCAUGCACUGACUUCUGGAAAGUUGAUCUCUUUGUCAGAACAAGAACUUGUUGAUUGUGACACAAAGGGUGUAGACCAAGGUUGUGAAGGUGGUCUUAUGGAUGAUGCUUUCAAAUUCAUCAUCCAAAAUCAUGGACUCGACACUGAAGCCAAUUACCCGUAUAAGGGUGUUGAUGGAAAAUGCAAUGCAAAGGCAGAAGCCAUCCAUGCUGCUACCAUUACUGGCUACGAAGAUGUUCCUGCUAACAAUGAGAAGGCCCUUCAGAAAGCUGUUGCAAAUCAACCAGUUUCAGUAGCCAUUGAUGCCAGUGGUUCUGCUUUUCAGUUUUACAAGAGUGGUGUUUUCAGCGGUGCAUGUGGAACUGAGUUAGAUCACGGUGUCACUGCAGUGGGUUAUGGUGUUAGCAACAAUGGGACUCAGUAUUGGCUGGUAAAGAACUCAUGGGGAACAGAGUGGGGUGAAGAAGGGUACAUUAGGAUGCAAAGGGGUGUAGAUGCAAAGGAAGGACUGUGUGGCAUAGCCAUGCUAGCAUCUUACCCUACUGCAUAA